GCGAGGACCAGGACUCCCAGCACCCAAAGAAGAAGAAGAAGCAUCAUGGAGACGCGCUAUGGGUGAUGCGGCGUCACGGCCGUAUCCCAGUUGUUCCGUGAAUGGUAUUGAUUCCGAGUCUAAGGAGUGCCUACUUCCGAAGGACGGCUGCUGAUGAGUGCCAUGUAGUUCCCCCUUUGCCCACCCUGCUCGUCGACGAUUUUCUAUCACUGGCCCUGUUUGCCUGCAGCAUCGUUCUUUCGUACGCUUACAUCGGUCCCUGGAAUUAUCCCGACGAAAACAGGUUAUGGCCUCCUUUUUUCUUACGUGACCCGGUAAUUGAGGUUUUCCCCCUUCUCUUCGUGUUUCAGAGUUUAUUCUCCUGUGAAGACGGCUUUCUGUCGGUAUUUUUGAAUUUUUGGAUAUCUCGUCGGUUCCGCGUGUUAUUGCAGAUAGCUCGUAUUUGGCCUAAACGUUUGUCGAGACGUAAGAGGCCUUUUUCUCUGGUUUUUGUUGAUUGUUUUUGCGAGUUUCGAGGCUAUCUCCUAGUUUUUGUUUGUAUUUUAGACCCAUAAUCCGAAUGCUUCAUACACGCCCCCACAUACUUACCUACAUGCGCAUGU